CUACGAUACCCCCCCCGAAACGGCCAGCCAGAUCGUGGUGGAGGUGGUGCCGUGCUUCACUGCCGUUCCGUUCCGCGGUGGCCGCCAGUCCAGUUCGCUGCCGCCGCUCUCUCCUCGCGAAACCACCUCAUUGGAGGGCGUGGCCUCCGAUUCUGCCUCGCAGCACAGGCGGACUCCCCAGCGCAGCCACUGCCACCACGCCAGCCCAUGGCGGCCGCCGAGGCCGAGGCCGUCGGGCCCUGCUCCGUGCCGGCGGACGCCGCGGGCACUUCCGCGGCGGCGAGGGUCUGCCUGUAGGCUCGAUGGUGUAGGGCAGGGGGAGUGAGGGGGAGUUAGCAGCAGAGAGUGAGUGAAAAAUGGGGGCGAUUGGCGGCGAUGAGAUGGCGCAGUGGGAUAAUGUGGACGGAGGCGAGGUGGUCAAUGGCGCCGGGAAGCUGGAGAAGAUACUGGUUUCGGUGAGGCUGAGGCCGCUGAGCGACAAGGAGACUGCGCGCGGGGAUCCGUCGGAGUGGGAGUGCAUCAGCGACACCACCGUCAUCGCCCGCAGCGCCUUCCCGGACCGGCCAUCGGCUCCGACUGCAUACUCCUUUGACAGGGUGUUCCGUUCUGACUGCGAUACCAAAGAAGUGUACGAGCAAGGGGCCAAGGAGGUUGCCCUCUCUGUAGUUAGUGGCAUUAACUCUAGUAUUUUUGCAUAUGGUCAAACAAGUAGUGGAAAGACAUACACCAUGACUGGAAUAACGGAAUGCACAGUAUCGGAUAUUUAUGAUUACAUUGGCCGGCACGAGGAGAGAGCAUUUGUGUUGAAAUUCUCAGCGAUAGAAAUAUAUAACGAAAUUGUAAGGGAUCUUCUUAGUUCAGAAAACACUUCUCUUAGACUUUGGGAUGACGCAGAGAAGGGGACUUAUGUAGAGAACCUUAAAGAAGUGAUACUGAGAGACUGGAACCACCUCAAGGAGCUUAUUUCUGUGUGUGAAGCUCAAAGGAGAACUGGAGAGACAUACUUAAACGAAAACAGCUCCAGAUCGCAUCAAAUCCUUAAAUUGACCAUCGAGAGUUCUGCUCGUGAAUUCUUGGGUAAGGACAAGUCAACGACACUUGCGGCUAGUGUGAACUUUGUUGAUUUGGCAGGAAGUGAGCGUGCAUCUCAAGCACUGUCAGCUGGUGCUAGGCUGAAGGAAGGUUGCCAUAUUAAUAGAAGUUUACUUACCCUAGGAACUGUCAUCCGUAAACUAAGCAAGGUAAGAAAUGGACACAUACCAUAUCGGGAUUCAAAGCUCACACGCAUAUUACAGCCUUCUCUGGGAGGUAACGCAAGGACAGCAAUCAUUUGCACAAUGAGCCCAGCCCGAAGCUACAUGGAACAAUCAAGAAAUACCCUGCUAUUUGCAAGUUGCGCGAAGGAAGUAGUUACAAAUGCACAGGUUAAUGUAGUCAUGUCUGAUAAAGCCCUAGUUAAGCAUUUACAAAGAGAACUUGCCAGGCUGGAGAGUGAACUGCGAUGUCCAGCUACCUAUUCCAGUCUAGAAGCAUUGGUGAAGGAAAAAGAUAACCACAUCCGAAAGAUGGAGAAAGAAAUUAAGGAGUUGAAGGUACAGCGUGAUUUGGCUCAGUCUAGGCUGCAGGAUUUGCUCCAGGUUGUUGGAGAUAACCAUGUUUCAAAGCGCCCCCUGGCUUCUGGGAGGAACUUUACCUUCGAUGUGCCCCAGCCAUGUGAAGAUCAGAGAUCAACAACCGAAUCAUCAGAAGUAGUCGACAAUGUCCAAAAUUUCAGGUUCCAAGGCCGCCGUGCAGCACAAAAGGAAGUUGGGUCUCAACAGUCUGAAAAUAAUGUGCAGUUUGCUACCCCAUCGAGUUAUUCAGUCAGCAGUCCCCCAUUCAGUGGGAUGCCCCCAACCACCAGCAGAAAUGAUGUUUCUCAGAUAUCGAAUGAGGAUUCAGAUGAUGUUUGCAAAGAAGUACGGUGUAUAGAGACCAAUGAAACAGAAGGAAAACAUGGUUUGGACUCGUCAGCCAUCAGGAGCAAUAUCUUGCAAGAUUCGAAUGUGGAUACCAGUAUGCAUGGAAAGGAUGAUUCUGGACAAGAUGAUGUAUCUCCUGUCACCCUGGAGCAACAUCUGGAGACUGUCAGAAAACCUUUUGCCAAUCUUGUCGAAGAUCUAGGGUCUUCAACACGAAACCCGUCCAGCUCUAGAGGAAUUGUCAGAAGCAGGAGCUGUAGGUCUCUGAUGGGUUCUACUCUCCUUGAAGACCUGGAGAAGGAGGAUUGCACACCACCAAGCAGAAGAUUCAUGGACUUCCCCGGGAGACCUGAAGGGGGUCAAAGAAGGGGCUCUGCGCUGAACUUUGAUGCAGAGAGUGAAACUCUGUCACGGGCAGGGUCAAUGCUUUCUGAAAUCACUACUACGAGAGGUGGACCCAAGGCAAACGGUUCUAUUGCAGGUGACACGGAAUUUACUGGCAUAGGUGAAUUUGUUGCUGAACUGAAAGAAAUGGCUCAGUAUCAGAAGCAACUCGGUGGUCAGUAUGUUAAUGGAGAAAUAGCAGAAGGAACCGUCAGGAGCGUUGGACUAGAUCCAAUCAUGGAUGCCUUGCAAUCACCUUCGCGAUGGCCACUGGAAUUCGAGAGAAAACAGCAAGAGAUCAUUGACCUUUGGCAUGCAUGCUAUGCUUCACUGGUUCAUAGAACCUACUUUUUCUUGUUGUUUAAAGGAGAUCCAGCCGACUCCAUUUACAUGGAAGUGGAGAUAAGGAGGCUAUCUUUUCUUAAAGACACCUAUGCCAAUGGUGGUAUGGAAAGCAAGGUCGUAGCUGGUAACCUGAACACUUCUCUGGUUUCGAGUGCAAGGAAGUUGCAACGCGAGAGGGAGAUGCUCUGCAGGCAAAUGCAAAAGCGGCUCUCGAUCGAGGAAAGAGAGAGCAUGUACACCAAGUGGGGAGUUUCGCUGUCCUCCAAGAGGAGAAGGCUUCAGGUGGCUCGUCGCCUUUGGACUGAAACCAAAAACCUCGAGCAUGUGAGGGAGAGCGCAUCCCUUGUCGCCCGAUUGAUCGGCCUCCUAGAGCCAGGAAAGGCGCUGAGGGAGAUGUUUGGGCUAAGCUUUGCACCGCAGCAGUUCAGCCGACGAUCCCACAAUAGCUGGAGAUAUGGCCGUUCUUCCCUGGACUGAUUAUGAGAUGCAAAUGAACACAAAAGGUUUUCAUUGUUCCCUUGUCCUCCCCCACCCCCCGCCUCACCUCGCCUUGGUGGGUAUAGAAUCAUAGGAGCGUUGUUAGUUGUAGCUUAUAGGCCCUUCAAUGUGUCUCUGUAUGAUAUUGUAGUGCGUUCGAAAACCCUGUCUACUGCGCUGGGAGAUCAAACAUGUAAGAUCCUGUAAGUUUGAUACGAGGUGUGUUCGUCUGUUUCCAAAGACAUAGUAGUACAGAACAAGUUUACAUA